CCCAUCCGGUGGCUACUUAACUGAGACGGACUCUCUCUUUCAGACUUAAGUCUGGAUACUGCCCUGAGCUAUCUGUUCUGAGGACUACUGCAUCACGACUGUCACUGUGCUCUUUAUAAGAAUGCCCAACUAAAGCAACGCCUGAUUUCUGGAUACUCGGGUCAUCUACUCUAGCCUUGCUGCUGCUACAAGCUAUGGAUUGCUGCGAACAGCUCGGCAAUAUCUUGUUCUGGGAUGAGUAUGAUGUCCAUGUAUGGCUCUCCAGCCUCGGAUUAUCUCAAUAUGAGGUCCAAGUACGCGAACAUCAUAUUACUGGAGACAUCCUCAUCCAGUUAGACGCUGAAGCACUUAAAGAAGUAGGAAUUGCAACAGUGGGGCAACGGCUUCUUAUUUUGAAGGCUGUUUACCAACUCAAGAUUGCUCAAGGCGUGGAAUUGGAACCAGGCCAUUACAUUCCUCCUUCCGAAAUUGACGCAGCUCCUCUUCAGACGGCUCAGUCUGAAUACGACAUUUUCCAAACUCUACAUUCUAGUCUCACUCAUACCAGCCCCCCAUUGUAUGAGAUACAAGACCAUAUCGAGAAUCGGGACAGCGCAUUUGCAGAGUCGGGCGCAGAAUGUACACGUGUGGUUGUUUUACCCUCAUCGAUCAAUACUAGACCCUUGAUGGCAUCGCGGCGGAAAACAGAUCCUAGCCAGUUCAGCCACUGUGAAUCCACUUGCUCCGGUCUCCACUCUGAUACCCUUGCACGCGACAGCAAAGAUCAGGCUCACGCGGAUGACCCUGUAAGGAAAGUUCUCCCUGUGGCGCUGAAGAAAUAUGGUAUUACAGACGACUGGCGGAACUAUGUUUUACUAGUUUGCUAUGGGACAACAGAAUUAAGAUUGGCAGACGAGGAUAAGCCUCGGCGGAUUUUCCAGAAACUCCAGGAAGAGAAGAAAAAUCCGGUUUUUGUGCUGAAACACGUAUCCGAAAUUCGUAGAGACAGUAACGCAAGGACUUGCGUACCUUCUAGAGACCAGGGAUCGCAGCGUGGACAAACAUAUGCAGUGGCCAUCCAUCCUUACAGAACCGGGACAGGCGCACCAUUCGAUGCCUUCCCUGGCGAUGCCUUCAUCGUUAUAUCCAAGAAGCAAAGUCAGUGGCUAGUGCAACGAGACCCUUCGGGCACUGGCUUAAUCAGCAAAACUCUGGAGCAAGUCAGGAUACCAUCGGGUUGCUUGCUAGAAACGGACCUUCCUAUUGCCUUUGCCUCAGCUGCGGCUUUCGCUGCCAGAGUUUCACCGGGACCCCAGUCCCCGCGCUCAUCUGCAACAUCCAAUAGCCCCAUUUUACCGAGAAAUAUUGUGUCAAUGGGGUAUCCGAGUACCUCGCUCAUGAGCCACAAGAAAUCAGAUGAAGAAAGCCUCGAUCUAUCACGCGGAGAGAUUAUCUACGUGUACAAACGUUAUAAACACUUAUCAUACCUCGUCAAGGAGAACGGGGAUCGAGGAUGGGUUCCGAUUUGGCUAGUAAACAAGAACAGAUGAACAACACCACAUGCAUACGCCACUGACAUCUCAAUAUUGACUUCCCGGCUUUGUCCGACCUUCAAGUCCCGCUAUUCGAAGAUGCACAGAUUUUGUAUCUAUGCCGACUUAUCGAGACCCAUCAUUGUACAGGAGGAUUGCCGGAUAAUCCACAAUCUACUAUAUCCUCCAGAUUG